CUUUACUGUUUGAUAUCGCCUUACACUAGCAAUCCUCUAUAUAUAUAUAUAUAUAUAUAUCCGUAUCCUUCAAAUCAUAUCCACGUCAUGCCUGAAAACUUCCUCUUCUCUACCUCUACCUCUAACCCAACUUGCAGAGAGAGACAGAGAGAGGGUAUAAUAAGAUGAGCAUAAUCUCUGCCAUUUUCUUUUUCCUCUCUGUUUUGGCAUUUCUCUACUUGUCUUUUUCUUAUCUGACCCUUCUCUUCUAAGCUUUACCUCCAUCAAUAAUAUUACUAUUGUCAUCGCUCUCAAUAUCUCUUUUUUCUCUAGGCUACGUUUUUCCACCAUGCCAAUAAACCAAGGAGAAAUCAUGUGGCCUAGAUUAGUGGCUAACAAAGUCUUCAGAAAGCGAACCGGAAGCAAUAACUUUUUUGCAGAUUUUCGAACCAACUCGGAUGCAAUAUUGGAAGGAACCUCGGGAGUUGUUGAUCAUGAUCAACCAUAUUUGAAUACCAAAGCAAUCUUCAAUCCUCACAAUCAUAACCACAAAUACAAGGUUUUUGUUAGUACAUGGAACGUUGCUGGGGUUGAGCCACAUGAAGAUUUGAACCUGGAGGAUUGGAUUGAUCCCUCCUGUGAUAUCUAUGUUCUUGGGUUUCAAGAAAUAGUGCCUCUGAAAGCAUCAAACGUGCUGGGAUCUGAGAAUAGUAAGAUCACCAUGAAAUGGAAUUCCUUGAUUAGACAAGUUUUGAACAAUAAACUACACCGAGUCAAACACAAAGAAAAAGAUCAGAAAAUACAAAAGUUGCAAAACUUCUUCACUAUCAAAACCGAAAAGCUACAAGAUUUUCAGUGUAUCAUAAGCAAACAGAUGGUUGGAAUACUAAUAUCCGUUUGGGUUCGAAGCGAUCUUCGUCCAUUCGUUCACCAUCCAAGUGUCUCAUGUGUUGGCUGUGGCAUCAUGGGCUGCCUAGGAAACAAGGGUUCGGUUUCAGUAAGAUUUCGGUUACAUGGAACAAGUUUUUGCUUAGUGUGCUGUCAUUUAGCUUCCGGGGGUGGAGAAGGAGAUGAGAAACACAGAAACUCGGACGUUUCCGAAAUAAUGUCAAGAACAAGCUUUCCUAGAGUCCCCUUGCUUGAUUUGCCAAGAAAGAUUCUAGAUCAUGAUCAGGUAAUAUUGCUUGGCGAUUUGAAUUAUCGAAUUUCGUUACCAGAAGAAACAACAAGAUUGUUAGUCGAUGGAGGCGAAUGGAAUGUCUUGCUAGAAAAUGAUCAGCUAAGGAAGGAACUAAUUGAUGGUCAAGUACUUGAAGGUUGGCAUGAAGGAGAUAUAAAAUUUCCUCCAACUUACAAAUAUUGUCCAAAUUCUGAUACAUAUUUUGGCUGCGUCCAAGGUAGAAAAGACGAGAAGAGGCGUGCUCCUGCAUGGUGCGAUAGGAUAAUUUGGUAUGGAAAGGGAUUAAACCAACAUCUAUACACAAGAGGUGAAUUAAAGUUGUCUGAUCACAGACCUGUGAAGGCAAUAUUUACAGCUGAAGUUGGGGUGGAACCAAUAAUAAAAGGCUUUCAUCAAAGCUUCUUUCUAUCAGAAAGGUUUGAGCAGAUUACAAACAAGUUUGAGGUAUCCUCCACAAAUGAUUUCGUAUGUAAAAGUAGAUGAAGCUUCCAAAUUUAAACUU